CGCCCGCGUCCACGCUGGGGAGCCGGAGGCGUCCCAGAAACUGAAAGGAGCAGCAGCGCCCUUUCUGCGCCCUCCCUGCCCCUCCUGCCCCCAGCCCCGCGGCGACAGACGCGACUUCCUCUUUUCAGCCCAUUUAAGGCCCAGCCCUGGGGCGCCCCGAGAGCAGAGGCCGCGCGCAGCCCCGCCAUGGGGGACCCCUUCAUCCGCCACAUCGCCCUCCUGGGCUUCGAGAAGCGCUUCGUGCCCAGCCAGCACUACGUGUACAUAUUCCUGGUGAAGUGGCAGGACCUGUCUGAGAAGGUGGUCUACCGGCGGUUCACUGAGAUCUACGAGUUCCAUAAAAUCUUAAAGGAAAUGUUUCCCAUCGAGGCGGGGGACAUCAACCCAGAGAACAGGAUCAUCCCCCACCUGCCAGCCCCACGCUGGUUUGACAGGCAGCGGGCCGCCGAGAACCGCCAGGGCACGCUCACCGAGUACUGCAGUGCGCUCAUGGGCCUGCCUGUCAAGAUCUCCCGCUGCCCCCACCUCCUCGACUUCUUCAGAGUGCGCCCCAGUGACCUCAAGCUCCCCACGGACAGCCAGGUGAAAAGGCCAGAGACCUACCUGGUGCCCAGAGAUGGCAAGAGUAGCAUAGCAGACAUCACGGGCCCCAUCAUCCUGCAGACCUACCGCGCCAUCGCUGACUACGAGAAGACCUCAGGCACUGAGAUGGCUCUGGACUCUGGUGACGUGGUGGACGUCGUGGAGAAGAGCGAGAGCGGCUGGUGGUUCUGCCAAAUGAAGACAAAGCGUGGCUGGGUCCCGGCGUCCUACUUGGAGCCCCUGGACAGUCCUGAUGAGGCAGAGGACCCGGAGCCCAACUAUGCAGGUGAGCCCUAUGUCACCAUCAAGGCCUACACUGCCGCGCUGGAGGAUGAGGUGUCCCUGGAGGAGGGUGAAGCCAUUGAGGUCAUUCAUAAGCUCCUGGACGGCUGGUGGGUCAUCAGGAGAGGAGACGUCACAGGCUACUUCCCGUCCAUGUACCUGCAGAAGGCCGGGCAGGACCUCGCCCAGGCCCAGCGCCAGAUCAAGAGCCGAGGGGCGCCGCCGCGCAGGUCGUCCAUCCGCAACGCGCACAGCAUCCACCAGCGGUCGCGGAAGCGCCUCAGCCAGGACACCUACCGGCGCAACAGCGUCCGCUUUCUGCAGCAGCGCCGCCGCCUGGCGCGGCCCGGGCCGCCCGGCGCAGUGGAGGAGCCGCCGCAGACCCGACGCGCGAAGCCGCAGCCGGCGGUGCCCCCGAGGCCCAGCGCAGACCUCAUCUUAAACCGCUGCAGCGAGAGCACCAAGCGGAAGCUGGCGUCCGCCGUCUGAGGCCGGGUCGCCCCCCUCAGAGGGCGACCUGGCUUCUCCGCCCGCUCCCGCCUGAUCUUUGUGUAUGCUUGUAUAGAGCCUGGUGUCUGAACGCCGAGGGCAGCCCAGCCCCGCCCCACCUAGUUGUCCAACGCCUUCAAUAAAUGUUGCUUGGAGUGGACAGAGGCUCUGCAGAGACUCGGGGCAGGCUGGGCUCCAGCCUUAGGGGUAUUUCUAGAAUGAGGACUGAGGCUGUGAACUCUGCUGGGGGGAAGUUGCAGGAAGCGAGGUCCGGUUGCGCACUGCCCUGGCCUUGGCCAAGACCGAAUUUGCACAAGGCCAAGUGCAAGAGGAACCUCUGGCUCCUGCUGGCCGUUUGUCUGCACGGAAACUGCCUGCUUGAACUCUGGCGCCACUGUAGAAGAGUCCCGAAGAACGGUGGGCACAGGGCGCGGUCAGGGGGAUCAGGGCGGUAGUGACCUUGUGUGUGCAUCUUAGUUGACGAAAAGAUUGCAAUUUAGGUAUAGGGAGGGGGCGCGUCUGAUUAUUCGCUGAGAACCUGUCCAGUUAGGAGGGUGUACCAGAAAGCAAAUAUUCACUGAUGAACACAUCCUCACCACUUACCCCAGCACUGCUGCCAGCCCAUAUCCUCAAAGUCUUUGCUGGUGGGUCUUUCGCCAAAUGCAAAGACACUAAGAUGCAAACCGCAACUGUAAAUCUUGCAAAGAUGCAGCAUGUCACAAAGGCCGUGGGUGGCAAGGAGAGCUGUUCCCUCCUAGGAGAGAAGUGGCUACAUGAGAUGGGCAAGGCUGGUCCCCUUAGAGAUAAGAGAAAACCAGCAAGGAGACAGAUGCUUCUCAGGAGGAUACUUUGCCCAUCAAAGGAUUGAGAGAGGCCUCGAGAUAACCACUGUGCCGUUAACGAUGUUUGCUUUUUGCAGACCGCGUUUGCUGGAAGAGUCCAGCAACAAGGACUGUCAUACAAAGCUGUGAAAAAUUAACCAUGACAACCGCAACUCCUUUGCUUGUUCAGUUGCAAUUAUAACAAAAAAAUUAAAUACAGUAUGAUAAAAUACUUAUUUUCAUAA